AAGCAGCCAGCCUGCCACAGAAACAGAAGGCUUCAGAUCAUCAAAAACUAUGGAGGGUGCAGCUGUAGAUUUCUUGCUCCGGGCUACAGUGGAUCACAUCUGUCAGUGCUCCAGAGAUGCCCAGCAACACUCACUCAAUCCAAGAGAGCAGCCAGAGAGCAACCCCGCUUUGUGGAGGCCCUGGAUGCCCUCAGCCAGGGAUGGUGAAAUGACAGAGAAUCAACAAAUGUCACAACCAGAUGGUCAGCUAACAAAUUUUAGAACAAAAGGAGCCCUGGGGUUUCAACAUCCAGUGAGACUUUAUUUGCCCAAAUCCAAAUGCCAAAAGUUUCUUAAUAACACUGGAGAGAAGGUUCUGGCUAACUUUCCAGUACAAGCCACUAUUCACUUCUACAAUGAUGACACUGACUCUGAAGAAGAUGAGGAAGAAACCAGUUCAGCCUAGUAAUUAACAAUUGCAAGCCUUUCCAAAUACAUAAUUAAAAAAUGAAGAAAGGAAUUAAAAGGAACUGUCAAGAAUUCUGAACACACAUCUUACUGAACAAAGAAGCACAUCAAAGCUCGUAUGAAGACUAUUUAUAGCUAACUAACAAGAAGAAUGAGUCAAUGCAACUGGGAACAGAGGAAAUCCUUUUGUGUUUCAAAAGACUUUUAAAUUAACCCUGAAACUUUACUAAAAGAUCAUAAUGUUUUUAAUUGUGUUGGUUUAAGCAACAGCUGGAUUAAGAACUUGAACAGCACUGCAUUUACUCACUUUUUUUACAUGCAGCAUGAAAAUAGGACUGGUUAUGGGGCAAAAUAAUGUAAUAUAAAGUCCCAAAAUAAACCAAAGUCUUUGAACCAUGAUGUUUGGAAGAAUUUAAGUAAGAUAUGAUUUCAUAUGCAAAGAAUAUUGCAUAUUAUUUCUGCGGAGCAGAUUUAUUCUGACAAGAAUGUUGUAUGCCGUACUAACCUAAUGCAUUUCAACUUCCCUGUCUGGACAAGUUUUAAAGGACAAUCUUGUGAUGUCUUCUGUUAUUCUCAGACUUUCCCACUCUACUCAGAGAAGUGCCUUUUUGUCAGUCAGAAAAGUCAAUUAAUGACAUACUAAAACGUGUUAUGUACGGUUGUUUUGGUCUUAUUUGUUACAACAUUCAAAGCAUAUUUCUACGGUCUAGUGUGCUUGACUCUGUGAUUUUAAUACAACUGACUUAGUGUUGAUUCCUAUCUGGUGUGUAUCUUACCAUUUUGAUAUUCCUUUUACACUGAUAUUCAGAAAAACUUACAUUACUACUUUUCAUAAGCAUCUUCACUGUAAUUAACAAUGUCAAUAUAUCUAUUCCUACACAGUUAAUCCAUUAGGAAAAAAAUAAAAUAAAAAUAAAAGCUUGUUAUAACCUGUUC